AUCAAAAUAAAUCUUCAUGGCAAUGUCGUAGGGGUUUUCGCUCCCACGACCCCUCACUCUUACUUAUAUUUAAUAACUCAUCAAAUAUUAUAUCAACAUAGUUCUUCUAUAAUACAUACCAUAUUUAACUACAAUUAUUUUUGUACUUAUUUCAACUUCAUCAUAUUAUGUCUAGAAUUCUAGGUUUCUUGGAAAGUCCAUUUAUAAUCUCUAUAUUUGAAAAUAGAAUAUUAUUAUGAAUUUCCAACAUUGAUAGUCCGAAGUCAUUUCUACAAACAAAUUCAAGACAAUUUUACGUAAUAGGUAUCUAUCAUGAAAGUUAAUUUUCUCCAACACAAGGAUUAAAUAUUUAUCCUCAAUGUAAGCCUUUUUAAAUGUGUACUCACUACGUACCUAUUAUAAUAAGCUCCUCCCCAAGCUGAAAUUCCAUAAGUAACUGAAAACUGAUUGAGAAAGUGUACAGUAAAGAUUAUUAUGAAAAUCCCUUAGAAAAUCAAAAAAAUGACCUCUAUCUAAUGCACCAAUUAGAUAAAAUUUCCUUUCAGAAAAGGUAUACAUAUACUUACGUAGAUAUCGAAUAAACGCAUGAAAUAGCACCGCACCAGAAAAAUACUCCCCGGAUCUGUGGCAUUUAUGAGCUCGUUAUUCUACUACACAUGUACUGACCAAUGAAAAACGGAGAAAAGCAAUAUGGUUGGUAUCAUGUUUAAUCUAUGGUCUAACCACUCUAACCUAUAGGUUGUUUAGAAUAUUUAAUUUUGAAGUUCUACAUUGUUAUUUGUUUUUGCUACGCGUUCGCGCUGUUUUCGUUAAAUCAAUAACUAUUUAACGUAGUUUAUAAAACGUUUCGUUAUUUUACCAAUCGUUAAUUGUUAUUAAUCUUACGUAUUGGUUUUUUCUAUUAAUUUGUUUUAUGGAUGAUUUGAAUCUGACAUCAAUAUGGAUACAAAAAUGAUUAUGGCCGAGUUAAAAGCACUAAGACACCAAAUUUCCGGGAUAAUCUUACGACAGCAACACGAUAGUGAAAUUUUACGUAAAACUGCUAAUUCGGUAAAUGUUGUUGUCAAAUUAUUUGCAGUAAGUAUUAUUGAUUUCAAUAGUGUUAUAAUAGUUUUAGAAAAACAAUCCCUUGACCAAAAAAACAAACUAGAAAAAAAGCCCUGGAAUGGGAAAAAAAUUCCCUAUGUUAAAAUAAUACCUAUUAUCUAGGUAUAGGUACAAUAGCGACGUGAUACCAAAUUGUUGUGUUAAGUGUCCCAUCUAUAAAUUGGGACGGGUGGGACCUGUGAGUGGUUAGAAUAAAAAGUUAUGAAAUUAUGUUAUAUAGUUUAUAUUCCAAGUUGAAUAGUUAAUUAUAUUACCUAUACUUAAUAUAACGUACAAAGUAUUCUUAGUCGUGCAAUCAUAUUUUAAGCAUUGAAGAGUUAUCGAUAGUUGAUAAUAAACCAAAUUAUAAAGAAAAUCAGUGGAUUUAUAGAUGCAAAUUGCAAAUGGGUUUUUUAUUUAUAAAUUACUGUUAUAACUGGGGCGCACUAAAUUCUUUAAAAAAUAUACAAUUCUAGUUGUGCCUAGAGGAGUGGGUGAAGUUUCAAAUGUGUUAUUUUAAUAAAAAUUGGUGGGUAUAAAUCAAACGAACAUGUUGCUGUUCUUUUCAUAAAAAUAGUUUACCGCCACUGUAUAGGUAUUUAAAAAAUAAUAAUGAAUCAGUUAGUAAAAAUUAAAUGAAUAUUUGUGUAUCAUAAUAUAAUAAUUAGAAAUCCGAAUAUCUUAUAUAAAAAAAUAAUAAUAUAUAGAUUAAUAAAUUCCCAAUAAAAGUUUACCUAUAUCAUAAUACAAGUCAUAAUAUUCUAUAGAGUUAUAUAGAGUUCUAUUUAAGAGUUUUUUGGUUGAACAUUAUUCAAUGAUUAAAAAUUCAAAGCAAUAAAGCAGAGAAAUAAGAUAAAUAUUAAUAGAUUCUUAAAGUGUAUCUACAUCCUACUUAAUAUUAUUCUAUUCAGUAUGGUUUUUUCCGUUCAUUAUGUUCCUUUUUUAAAUUUUAUAACAGUAAUUACCCGAUUUUAAUCUUUAAUGAACAUGAGCAUGUACACGAAGCAAAUGAACAUAUUUUUUCUGCUGUAAAAAUUAAAAGUUGAAUAAAUGUAAAAGUCAAACUAACCAACAAGUCUUUUGGACACACGUGCUCAAAUUUUUCAAAUGCCAUACUUAAUGUUUCAAAUAGUGCAUAAGCAGAAUUACUGUGGGAAGAACAUUUAAGGACUAUUCAAUAUUAUUGAACAUGCUAUGAUCCAUUUGUUUAUUUUUUUGUUUGUGAUUUAUUAUUAUUUUUUUAAUAUGUAUAUGUAAUUUAGAAUAGGUCUUUUUUUUUAAUUCACUAUAACAUUUUGUACCUAAAACAAUUACACAAUAUUUUAUAACAAUUAGCAAUAUAUUAUAUUAGUGAUCAUACAUUGUUUUACUUGUAUAUGACACUGUAAAACAUUUUCAAACAAUUCAAAAUGAUGAUUAUAAUAUGUAAGUACUUAAAACUGUUCUGUAUUGUUCAAAACAACUUAGUGAAAUGUUUUAUCUUUAAAAACGUUUUAGUGAGUUCAAAACUAUUUGGAACCGUUGUUUUGGGUUCAACAUUUUUUUUUUUAAUAUCCAUCAAGUAUCAAAAUACAAAAUGUAUGAUUGGGAACUACUGGCACUAACUACUUAUCAAUUACUCUGAAAAAAGAAAUAUUCUAUAUAGCUUUACUUAAGUCAAUGGGGUUAUUACCAAUUAAUGUUCUUCUUAGAAAAAUUACCUAAAAUAUUAAUAAUAUUAAAAUAGUUUGAACUGAAAGAAGGAAAUUCCUCCUUAUGUAUAUAAACGCUACUAAUUUAUUAGUGGUAUAUAGGCUUAUAUUAAAUCAUUCAAAUCUAAGCUGUAUGAUAGUUUUGACAUAAAACAAAUUUUACUUUGAUCUUUGAUUGUUAACAUUCAUUUUUAUUUUCAGGGUGUUUGCGAUAUGAGUACCGAAAAACUUUCAUCAAUUCUAAUAAAAGCUGAUGGUAAUUUACACACAGUAAACUCAUAUGAAGAAUCAAAUUUUGAAUCUACAAAUUUUAAUUUGAAUGAAUAUCCUAUUAAUAAUCUAAAAACAAUGCUACUAAAUAUAGUGAACAUGAUUGAUGCUGGGCAAUUUGAACAAAAGUCUGAUUCAUCCAUAUCUGAAGCGCCCAUUUCCACAAAUGUAACUCAAGAUACUUAUGAGGCUCAAAAAAAUAAUACAAUUCCAGAUGUAUCACUUGUACAGACAAAUAUUGGUAAAACAACCAAGAAUGAAAAACAAAUUUCACCAGAUAUAACUCUAAACACCCAUAUACAUAAUAAAAAUAUAAAAGGUACACCAUCUGCGAAAAAAAAUAUUUCUAAACCAACUGCAAUGAUAUCACCAGAUAUAACCCAAAACACUCAUUGUCAAGUUUAUAAUAGAAAUAAUAUUAAUUCUAGUAUACCACUUGUACAGAAAAAUAUUGAUAAUUCAACUUCUACCGUACCUGAAACAAAAAUUUCAACAGAUAUAGACCAAAAUUAUAUUGAUAAGCGUAAAAAAGACGAAGAAGAAUAUUUUGCACUAAGAAGAAGAUACAGGAAUAAAUAUAGGUACAUGAAUCUUGCAAGUGCACAGAGUACUGAAAAUUCAGUAAAAAAUACUACAAAAACACCAACGAAAAAUGUCACUGAAAAUAAUGUGAUUGAUCAAACUGCUAAUGACAAAGUAAGUUUGACAUUAUUGUUAUCAAAAGAUAAUUAUCAAUAUGACAAGUUUUCAGACGAAGUCAUAAGAAAACAGUUUAAUUUUGUUGACGCUCAUGUAGUACUCCAUAAAUAUACUCCUCCUAUUCAGAUUCCUGCACAAAAAGGAAAGAAGUAAGUAUUAAUUGUAAUUAAAUACCUAUAGUAAGUUUCAUAACUGCGAUUCGUUGUAUUUUUUCAUUAUGGUUUCUAAAACUAGGUCGUUAUAAUGUGCGAUAAAAUUCUUAUAGGGAUGUUUUUUAUAUGCAUAACAAAAAAUACUUCUGUUUACACAAAACAGUGGUACAUAAAACAAACAUACCCAGCUGAUCUUACUAUUUUGUUUGACGAAACGUGUGCAUUUUAUUUUCAAUCCUAGAUUGAAGACCCCUAAUUUGAGACAAAACUGUCAUAAGGCACAGCAGAAUCGAGUUGCAGUUAUUGUGAAACGCACUAUAGGUAUCUAUAGUGUAUACUAUGGUGGUAAUUAGUUUUGAAGUUUUAUAAUUUUUAUGCUUGCACUCCUAAAAUUUGUUUUAAUGCAUAUAAAAAUAAGGUGUAUAUUAUAAUUUACGAUUGGUCAACCCUAAUACGUGCCCUAAAGGGAUUGAAUAUUUAAAUUUGUGGAGUAUUGGGAAGCUUAUAUGCUUGUGUUAUUUUGUUGUAAAAUUAAAUUAAAUUUUAAUUGAAUAAACAAUAUGUAAAAAAAAAAUUAACGAAAUAAACAAUUUGUUACUCAAAGCAUUCUAUUUACCGAUUAAUAGGUAGAAAAUGUUUUCUGUCACACAUUAGUAUACAAAUUAUCUAAGAUACAGGUUGUUUAAAAUUGAUAAUAUAAAUCGAAAAUAGAUUUUUCAUAAUAGUAACUAUUAUUUAUAAUUAUCUAAUCUAGUUAUAAUAAUAAUGACCUUAUGAUCUAAGAUAAGACUUUGAGGCUAUUGGAGCAAGUGUUAAAUUCAAUCGAAUCGGAUAAUAUUUAUUGUAUAUGUUUUUUACAUAAAUAAAAACUAUUUAGGAGGUACAUAAAAAAAAAUGUCAACUUUUUUAAAUUUGUUAGGAAAGCAAGACAUAUUCUUCACUAUUUGACUAUCUACAUCUUUAAAUAUUAGUAAUAUACAUAAUUUUUUUACGUUUUUAAUAUGAUGAAUAUAGUUACAUUAUAAAGUUAUAAUAUAAGUAUACUUAGUACGGUUUGACAGUGAACGAAGUUUGGUUACACAUGUUUUAACUGGCCAUAAUACAGAGGUUUCCAACCUUUUUUGACUCACAGUUAGAGAAUACAAUUGUAGGAUCCUGACCCUUUUUUGAUCCUAUAAUUCCUCGGGAUUAAGCAUUUAAUGUAGUAAGAUGGAUAAAAAAAUAUAUGAUAAUUGUAAAUAAAUAUAAACAAUAAACAUAUAUGAAAUAGAAUAUUUUGUGAGUAUCAGUGAAUGUAUGGUUUUACUAGUCUAUUUAUUUAUAUUUUUUUUCUGUAAUACAUAAUUUUAAAUUGUUAAAAUUGUAUUAAAAAAAUAAAUAAUGUACAUGACAGCUACUUGCAGACGUUGUGUAACUUUCAAGUUGAAGAAAUAUAAUGCUGUCUACGUCUCGGAAGAGUUUAGAGCAACAGUGUGCGUGCUAUCAGGUCAGAGCUAUGGGACAAGGAAUUCCAAAAGUGGAAAGGCAUGCCUCAUUAAGGAAUGGGGAUAUUAUGGUACGACAAGUGUAUGUUAAUCAAUUCAUGGGUGUCUAACAAAAGAUCUCUCAAGUUGUGAGUGGUCAAAUGCUAUAAAAUCUUUGGUGAAUUUGAUGGCUAUUCAUGGAAUGGGUUGGGUGGGCGCAGCGUAAGUGGUAGUCGCCACUGUAGGUUUAAAAUCUGUAGUGAGACUAAUAUUAUAAAAAUUCUACCACACAUCCGAAGUGUCUGUCCCAUCACCGGGACCGUAUGAUGUUAGCCAAUAUUUUUCGCCUAAAGAACCUAUUCAAAGUGUUGAGGAAGUCCGUUGAGAAUAUAAUGUACAAAAUUGAUGUAAUAGAAAGGAGUAAAAACCAUGAUCUUAUUCUGGAUCCGACAAUUCAUUGGGAAAUGAAUAACCCACAGCAAGACAGAGCAGUAGAUGAAGAAAAGAAAAAUAUUUAUGAACCGUGCUUUCCGUGGCUUCAAUAAAAUAUAUGGUAUAACAGGUUGGAAAGUAUUUGGACUUAGGUUUGGAGCUCAAGGUACAGCCUCAGGAUUCUUAAAAUCAUUCCUCACAAAUUUAUAUAUUAAUACUUUUAUAGAAAAUAAAAUAUUUAUAAUAAAAGUUUUUAACACUUUUAGCGCAUGUAGGAUAUUUUUUGAGAUAAAUUUUAAAAAAAAAUUGAAAAAAUAGCCCCCAGUUUAAAUGUUUUGGGGCACAUGUUAGAGCUAACCAAUCAUGACAACAUUUUGCAUACCAUAUUUUUAUAUAUAUAUUAGCACACAUUUUUGGGGUGCGGCCUAAAAUAUUUUGAGAAAAAUAUAUUUUUACCUUGAUUAUUAAGAAUCACCCUAAUUUAUACCUAUAUUAUUAUUAACAGUUUUAUGUUUGUGUUAUAACUAUAGUGAAACAGAAGAUCUUGCAGUGACUAAUUCAUGUAACAGAAAAUCAAAUAGGAAUAAAAAAAAUACGACUUUAAAUGAAAAAGAAAAAGUACCCCCACAAAAAAGGUAUGUGGCUCUUUUAAAGUUUUUUGCAUUUUAAAUAUUUUUGUUAUUUUGCAUUACAUGCUUUGAAGACUUCUACUAGGUCUCUCCAAUGACCCCUGUCAUCUGCGUCUUCUAUUACUGCUGUUUUAUCAAUUUUUUUUAGAUCAUUCUUUACUCGAUCCAUCCAGUACUGUCGUGGUCGUUUUCCAUAUGAGUUAUUAUUUAUUGAUAAAAAUUGAUAAAAUAUAAUGUUCUUUGAGUGGUACAUUAGAGAGGUCAUUUUCUCUUUAAUAUUAGAGAUAAUGAGAAAAAAUAAGGUCGUUAAUGGCAACUGUUUUUAUUUAUUUUUUGUUAUAAAUAAGUUUUUAUUAUUUUAAUCUUUUUUUUAAAUAAUCAUUUUUGUCAUGGAAACCCACAUUGUUGUAAUCAUUUUACUAUAAUAUGACAUAUAUAUUGUUAACAAAGCAUCACUAUUAACUAAAUUUGGCUCAGAAUUGUUUUUUCAUUAGCAAUGGUUAUUGUUGCUUACAGGUAUACACUAAAUUUCUCCUCUACUACCUUCCUAAUUUAUCACCUACAACAGUAUCUGCACGCACUUGCAGUCAGUCUUUUUUCAAAUGGAUUUUCCAAUAUUUUUAAUAAAACCUUUUCGAAAAAAUGUCCAAAAAGUAGAAAAUAUUAUUCUUGAAAAAUUGUAAUUAAUUGAUCAUUACAAUUCUGAGUAUGGUGUGUCACUACGGAAAUUUUACAAUUUAAUAAUAUUACAGGAAUAUUCUUGAGUUUUAUUUACUAUAAUAAUAUUUAUUUUAUUUUUAUUAACCAUAUUUAUUAAAAAUUUUAAUUUGCUGCUGAUAAUCUACAUGUUAUCUACGUUAUACACACGAUAGCACAUUGCGCAUGCGUACCAUGAGCAAUGGUAAAAUACAUCCCUGUAUUUAAACACUUCUUAAAUUUUACACACUGUAGUGGUUUUUAUAAUUAAGGUAUCUAAUUUAAGCUAUUGCCAUAUUACAUAAUUGUUAACUGUUGGUGAUUUAUGUAUUUUUGAAUUAAAUGUUUUUUGAUAAACCAACCUUGACACCUCUGUCUACAAAAUACUGGCCUUAUACACCAACAAAAAUAUUUGUUAAUUAAUUAUUAAAAAGCCUAACAUUUGAUACUGAGGAUGGGUGUGUGACUAUUAUGAGUUGGAAGUUUGAAAGGUAUGAUACAUAGAGAUAUUUAAUUUAUAUCUGUUAGCAAUGGUUUACACGAUAAACCAUUGGUAACUUGAAAAAAAAAUAAACAUUAAAAAACCAAUACAUUCUUCAUUUUAUUCAGAAUCCAAAAAAUUUUAAUUUUAACCAACAAAUAAUAAAUGGUUAUACUCUACCAAAAAAAUAAAAAAAUUAAACAAAUUAUUAGAAAUACCAAGCUAAACAGAACCAAAUCAUAUCAGUGCAUCAUUAAUAUUAAAAAAUAAUACUUAAUGUUUCUCAUUUUUUUAUUCAGUUUUUAAGUAUUUUUUUAUUUUAUUUUAUGUGUUUAAUAUUUUUAUUUUUAGAGUAAGUUAAACAGAAUUUGUAUUUUGUAUUUAUAUAAUAUAAUUGUAUAUUAUAAUAUAUAAAGAGACUAAAAAAUAAAAUAACAAAAGAGCAAAAAAAAUAAACUUGAUUAUUUCUUUCUGGAUGUUCAACAACUAGUGCUGUUUCUUCAAUUGCUCUGAUAUCACGUUUAAGAUAUAUAGGUUAAACAACGGCUUAUAACAGAUAGUGCUUUAUGAUGACCGGUGAACUAAUUAUCUGAAACAGCUGAGGGCCCUGAAUCACUAGCACUUGUAGUUGUUUAAAUAUGUUAAUAUUUAUUAUUUCUAUCAUAAUUUUUAAAUACAUUACAAGCGUUUAGACACAGAAAAUCUGAACGGCUGCAAGAUGGCCGACUACUACGUUAUCAUACAAUCAUUAUUAUUAUCACUUACAGCUUAUCACUAAAUUAAGAAUUGGUAUUUAUUCUAUUAGUUUAUAAAGUUUAUUACAUUUUAUUUUUCUUGACAUAAUUCAAUUAUUUGUGAAAAUGAAACAAAUUAACUUUUUAAUUACUUAAUACCUUUAUUCAUAGAUAUAUUUUAUACAUUAGUAAAUAAUUCAAAAUAAAAAAUUUAUAAUGUAGCAUUUGGCUGGUAAUAUAUUUUGUUUAACUGGCCGUAAAAAAAACCUUGAAAAUAAUAUAAUGUUUACACAUUUAGCAAUUAAUAUAAAUGGAAAUAAAAUGAAAAAUAUCAUGUGGCUGGUAAUAUUUAUUCAUUUUUUAAAGCAGCUAAAGUUGGUUUGUUGGUAGAGAAACAUUUCUUCAAAAUAUUAAGUUCUUCCAAAUUUGAGAUUCCAUUUAACAUUUAUUCAAAAUUUAAUUUAAAUUUGUCUUCUUCAAUUUGAAAAGUAGAUUGGUUUGAUAUUAUUAAAUUAUUUAAUUGUGAUAUAAAUACAAAUAGUAAAAUAUAGAUAUCAUUUUGUAAAAAGUUUUACCUAUCUAAUAUUACUAUUUGUAUUAACUUUUAAUAACAUAAUAUAUUGUAUUUAAUCAAUAAUUUAAUACUUGUACAAUAAUACUCAUCCGCCGCAUGACUAUACACUUGUACUUCGGGAGCUCACUUGCAUUCCAUAUAGAUGGCUCACCUUCGUACAAUUAUUUCAUUGGACCAUCCCAUAUUAGUGUAGAAAUAAACUAUACACAAAACUGAUCAGAACAGAAUGUUGUAUUGAAAAAUAAAUCUUCACUUAUUCUGUAUAAAAACAUUUAGAAUUAUUGUUUUAAUUAUUUAUUCAUAGAUGGCGUUGAUUGUUUUGUACCGACCAUAUGGGAAACGUUUCGUUUUCAUCGAUAAGACAUCCUUACUCAGUUUAUUCUUUCUUAGUUCGUGGUUAGGUAUAGGCAUUGUUUUUAGAAUAUACUAUGAAGUAGUAUAUUAGUAUACUAUACUACUAUAGUAUAUUAUAAAAUCAAUGCUUUAGGUUAUAGUAACUAUAAACUGUAUAGUUUAUACGGUACCAGCUGUUACAGAUAGUUCACCGGUCAUAUUAUGGGAGUUCGAUAUGCAACCUGCUGUUAUAAUAUCUUAAAUCGUAUUCUUUUAAAAUGGAAAAUUUAAAAAUUUAAAUUUUAUUUUUGACACGCUGUAUAAUAGGACACAAGCGGCAGUGCGCUGCCGCUUGGACUAUUUGAGUCGAGGAAACAGUACCUCGAGACGUUCAACGCCGUCAGAUGCAUUAUGCAUGCUCGAAACGAGUUCUUUCUCUCAUGAGCCCCAGUAAAGUUUUUCACAGCUUUAAAGAAAAUUGAUUAAUGAUUGAAUACAAUCAGGGGCGGAUUGGCGAGAGAUUUCGGCACGGUAAAAUACAAAAGUACCGGUUCUGUUAUUAAUUUACCAAAUACUGAAUUUUAGUCAACAUGUAUUAUCAUUAUUAACCCAACUAAACAUUUUUUUUUUUUACACAUUUAGAAAGAUAUUAUCCAAUGUUAAGUUCUAUCAUAAGUUAAUUAUAUCUGUAUGUAAUAUUUUAUAUUUGAUUAAAAAAAAAGUCAUAUUUUUGUACUGAACACUACUCCAUCACAAGCUCGGGCUUAAAGGAGUAAAUAUAUUUUAAAUUCCGAGCGUAGCGAGUUAGUUAUUGGUUUUACUAAGAUGUUUAUUUUUUUUUUUCUAGUCUGUGGACACCGUUUUUUCUAGUAAACUUGUUCCGAUUUUUACGUGUAGCAACUUUUCUGAAAGCCAGGUUGUCUAGAUUGUACCUUAAAGAGGUUGAUUUUCGAUGCCAUUUUUUAAAUAAAAGUGGGUCAAAAACGUAGAAAAAAGUACAAUUUCACUAUUUCAUUGUUUAAUAAAAACCCGGAUGACGUUUUCUACCAGAAAAAAUGAUUCAAUCGAAAAAUCAUAAGAUUUCUUUUUUGUUUCCUUUUUGAUUUACUUCCUUACGGUAUCAUCGCCAAGGAGGAAGUCUUCCUUACUAUACUAUCAAAAAUGAUUUAAACAAUUAACCAUAGCUCCUAAUUAAACAAUAUCGAGUAAUAAUAAUAUUUUUAACUAUUUGAAGCCAAUGAGUGAAGAUGACUGAUGAUAGUUUUAAUAUGAAAAUGUCGUAUGUAGUCGUACCAACGCUAAUAGUAUAGUAAAUAGCAUCAUGCUAUGGAUAUCACAAUGAUCGGUCGUGUAACAUAUUUAAAAGUUGCUUAAAUGUCAUAUCCUUAUAGGUACUAUUCUAAAAUUCCAAAAUAAUAUAUAAUUUUACAUUAUUAGAACUUGAUAAUGGUUUAAAGCGUUCAUUUAAAAAUAUACCUAUAACAUUUUAUAACUGAAAGUGUAAGAAACGCUUACACUGCAUAUAUGCACGCCACGCCAUUGGGUUGCAUAUGGUUGUAACCACGAUUAUAGAACUAUAUCCGAGAUUGUAACGGUUACUUUGAUAUUGUAUUCUCUCCAUGACACAAUAAAUGUAUUGUAUAUUUCUGUGUUCUAUGGUCUAGUUUAAUAUUGUGACCAUAAUGGUAUAGUUAAUUAUUAGCCGCUAUCGUGACGUUAUUUUUUUUUGUUUAUAUUAUGUUUUACAUAGUUAUUUUAUAGUAUAAAUUUAAAAUAUAUCUUAAGUUCCUAGUAUUUCUAUUAGGUAUCUAUCGGGAAACCAAUUUCAGCCAAUAGUUUAGGACAGCCAAUGGGGUUGUUUAAAAUAUUGUAUACUAACAUAACAUUUGUUAAUUUAUAUCUUUCACUUAGUAAGUGUAGGCACAAGAAGAUAUAUGUCGGAGUCAUAAGCAAAUAAGAGAAUAAGAUAAUUCUCUUCAAAAAUUUAUAUUGGUCAUUAACAAGAUCAUUUAUACAUUAUGAAUAAUUACAAGACCAAAUAAGUGAACUAAAUUCGAGGUUAGAUCUUACUAAUGACAUAUAUAGUUUUUUUUAAGUAUUUCGUAUUUCUAUUGAUAAAACCCAUUUCAUAGGAUUUAUGGUUGAUAACCAUUUUAUGGUUUAAUUUGAAUGAUAAAUCAUUUUAAAAGUUUACACCUAAGUCUUUAAUAGUAAAUCAUAAAAAAAAACCAUUUAUGACAUAAUUAUUGUAUUAUAAUUUUAGUUAUAGCUAUUGUAUCGAAAUAGACAGUGUAUUACUGAAAAAAAAAAAAAUUUUCAUUAUCUUGUAGGUAAUGUAUUAUCACAAGUCUCAUCGUGGCUUUACCAAAUCGAUAACAUAGAUUAUAAAUAUUUCUUAAUUGUCGGGAAUCGGCUCUACCGUUUGUCUGAAGUAGUGAUUAUCAGUUAUAUCCUGUAUAUCUUGGAAGCUCUUAUACUGUUAUCACUUAAAACUCUUGGUGUAAUACAUAAACCUGUUGGUGUACGAAAUUCGAGCGAAAUACACCACUACUAACUCCCCGCCCAAAACUUAAAAGUGGUAUAUCUUGUCAACUGGUUGAUAGAAAUCGAAAACUUCAACACCAAAAUUUAUUUUUAUUUUAAUUAGUACUUCAUCUAUUUAAGGCAUUUUCAAAAUUGGUUGCCAUUUGAAAAUCAAAAGUAAAUAAUCGUUUCACCCUCAAAAAUAAGAGGUACAAAAAAAAUGAUAAACUAAUAUUUAAGAACUGAUUGUUUCUUAAGUUUUCAAAAAAAAAAAAAAAUAGAAAUUAAAUUCACUUAAAUUCUCUGAGUUAAUUGCUGGUUCAUGAUAAAAAAGGACAUACUUCGCAUAUGGGUGCAACCACUGUUAUGGGUUGGAAGUUGAGAAGGUAGGAUACAGACAGGAAUUUAAUGUAAGCAAUGCUAAACCAUUUUUAAUGAAAAAACGAUUCUGAGCGGAGCUCAGUUGAUUGUGUUGAUUUGUCAAACCCAUAAUAUAUGGUAAAAUAAGUACACAUGCAUUAAAUAUUUGUUUAAUAUUGUACCUAUUUUCCCGUUUCCCGAUUUUCUUCCGUUUUUUUCCGGUUCUUCAAAUAUUUUAAGAAAAUUCCGGAAAAAAUCAAAAUAUUAUCUCCUUAAAGUACCUCUCCAGUCAAAUUUCCUGUUAGAAAAAGUGUUAUUAUUGUAAAUCGGAGCAAAAUUGCUCUUAGAAAAGUUGUUCACUGAUAAAAAAAAAAAACAAAUAAAUAUUGUAAAACCAUUAGCUUCUUUGCUCCACUCGGAAUCUAAAAAUUACACUGUAUAUAUAUCAAGUUAGAAUAACUUUAUCAUAUAGAGUUCAAUGAAUAUACGAUAGAUAAAUAAAACAACUAAAUAGCUGACUACCGUGAAAAUUAUCCAGAAAUAUAAACAAACCAAAAGCUAGUUCAACUCAAGUAACCAUUAUUUAAAAAAAUGUCUUCGAAAAAUAUGUAUAGAUAUUUCAGCAUAAUUUGUUGACAUAAAAUAUUUUUUAAAAUAGUUAUUUGAAUAAACCGUUCACUGGAUAAAUUCUAGAAUUCCCGGUGGCCCAAUCCGCCCCUGAUAUACAAGUUAAAACGUUAGAUCAUGUUAUAAUAAUAUAUCUGUGAUAAAGAAUAUGAUAAAUUCUGCUAUCAAAUUAUGUAUUUUCUUAUCUAAAUGUAACUUAACGAUAAGUAUACUCCAUUUUGAUUCCAUUCGGUUUCUGUACAAAUAUAUAAAACUAGAUAUUAGACUUCGGUAUUUUAUACCGUCAUCUAAGAGGUGAAUGUUUAUCUUUUAUAGUAUUGAUAAGGAACGAUAUUAUAAUAUUUGAAUAUUAGGUUUUAUGCAUAUUGUACAGUUAUAUUUUUAUAUUAUGAUGUACAGAUAAGAACAGUUUUUCAUGUUUUACUAUAUUGUUAUAAAUUUAACUUAAACUUUAAAAAACAAAUAUUAUUUUGAAAAGUUUUGAACAUAAUGUAGUUAAGCUCCCAAGUGAUUUUUGAAAAUUUGUUUUUUGGAAAUCUAUGUGUUUCAACAAGUUAAGAAUAAUGGUACAAUCCGAGUUAAUUGUCGGUCAAACUUAUUUUAUGUACUCCCAUCCAGUAUUCACAACAUAAAAAGUAUGAUAGGUUCUAAUUACACUAAAAUGUUAAGGACGAAAACAGUCACAUUUUGAAAAAAAAACAAAUCCCUAAACUGCCCUUGUUCUGAGUUUUUGGUGGAGUUCAGUUUUCUGUAUGUUUUUAUGCAAGAGAAAUAGUCAUAAAUUAUUUUGUCCGUGUUAGGUCAUAAGGUUAUUUAUUGUAAAACAAAUAUUAGCACACCUAGAGGUAUAAGUUUUAAUGAAAUAUAACUAUGAAAAAAAAAAAGAAAGGUAAGAUAAGGGGGACGGGUGGCAGACACUAGUGUAUGUGGAAAGUUGGGAAGGUAGGAUACAGACGUGAAUUUUAUGUAUAUCUGUAAGCAAUGAUAAAUCGUUGCUAACGAAAAAACGAUUUUGAGCGGAGUUCAGUUGAUAGUGAUGUUUUGUCAACAAUAUAUAUGUCAUUUUAUAGUAAAAUAAUUAAUUAAUUAGGCUUUAUAUUAUUUUUUUAAUAUUAUGUUUAAUGUUGUACUGAUUUUACCAGUUUUCUUACGUUUUUCCGAUGUUUUGAAAACAUAUAUUGUAUUAUAAUAGAAACCCAAAAAACAACACGAUUGAGCACGAAAAUAGGUGCUACAUUGCCACUUUGUAUCGUAGAAUAUUAUUAUUAAAAAAUAAAAUACAUCUGAACAUAAAUAUUUAUGUAUAGAAAUAUUAUCUUAUAUUGGUUUUUUAUCACAUAUUACCUAUGAUAUAUUAAGACAGCUUUUACUGGGUUAGUUAGUUUAGUAUAUAUUACAAUUAAAAUUUGUUCCCCUAAAUACCGAAUAUAUAUAUAGAAAAAAUUAAAUAAAAAAUGUUGCUGUACAAUCAUUUUGUGUACAUCGCCAUUUCAAAAAUUCAUCUUUUUUUCUUGACCCAAUAAAAUUGUACUUGAAAGUUCUAACAUUUGUUAACUCUGCAUCUAUCGGAUAAAAUAAUUUGUAUUUCAUUGUUUUCCAUCAUAAAAAUCGUAAAAUUUGCAAAAUACACACUAUUUUUGAAGAACACAAGCACGAGACACCAGAACAGACUAACUGUGACCAAGUCUUAUUCACGGCGUAUGUACAAUAACAGUUCAUUACAAUUUAGUGCAAUUGUUGUAGACAAAAUUCUGGUUUUCUAUCUAUCUCAGUUAUUUUUAACUUCCGUGGGUACCUAUCGAUCGAUGCAAAAUCUUUUUCGACUAAUAUGUCAGUUACCUAUUAGUAAUCUAUACAACAUACGUAGUAGUGGAAAUCUGAAAUCGUUGUACACAAUAUUUGUUUUAUUGUGCUCAAUCGAAUUGUCAAUAAGGUCGGCUAAUAACGACCGUGCUCAAUUGUUCCAAUAUAUUGAAUUAUGUCGGUGAUUUCUAUUACAGAAUUAAACAUUUUGUAUUUUUAUCACUAUACAUUGUAAACAAAAUAAGUUUUAAUAAGAAAAUUAAAAAAAAACUAGUAAUAAAUGGAUUAUUUUGGCUAAAUUACUACUUUUCUAAUGCUACCAUAGCGUCCAUCUCAUUGUUAGUCUUAUCAUUUGUGUCGACUAAAGCGCUACCUAGUUUCUUUCAAUCGCAAAUUACAGUGGAAAUAAUAAUCAAUUUCAAGGUGUAAUAAAACUUUUAAAGAAUUUUAUCCAUGGUUGCCCCUGACUAUCGCUAUCAUUCUCACUCAAUGUCUUUUACGAACACCAUAGACGGGAGGUGAGGAAACCGCAGUCCAUUUAUUAAUAUGUCUGAUUUUACAUACAUGGGAAUUACAUAUAAUAUGCAUUCUAUUUAGUUCAGUGGCUCAAAAUCUAACCUUAUUAUACACAUACUCCAAUCCCGAAAUCUUCCUUUAUUCCACACAUACUUUGUACAUUCAUAUUUGAACCUUCAUACAUAUCCUCUAUCAAAUUAAUAUACACAAUUUUGGAGCUCUUUUCUCAUUAAAAUCCACAUAACUUCUCUUGGAACUCUGUCGUAUGCCUUCUCUAAAUCGGUCAAAGCCAUUUUUCGUUUUAUAAGUUCAAAAUAUAUAUGUAAGCACUGACAUGAAUUAACCUAUCUAUAUUUAUCUUAUACAAAAUUUAACUUUUUUCAGUACUAAAAAGUCCAGAUACCCAAAUGAAAUAGAGGCCCGAAGAAGAUCAAUCAUAAAACAAAUCAAUUUUGAACCUGUAAAAAAGAAGAAAAAAAGAGUUUAAGGUUGGCACUGUAAAUAAAUAACUGAUCUUUAUAUAAUUAUAUUUUAUUUUAAUAUUAAAAUACUUACACUGAUGUAAAUAAAUAAAUAAUAAGCCAAUUAUUUUAGUUUAUUUUAAGUUGGAAUUUUUUUAUUUUAUUUUUUUCCGGUUAACUGAGUGCAGUGGUGGUUCAGUUUUAACUUUAUUAUACUACUGCUGCCAAAGUUGGAAAUACUUCUCAGCAUUUUAUUAAAUCAUUUAUGUUUGUUUUAAGAAUUGUAUAUAACAAUAUAAUUUAAGUUUAUUUUACAAUUUUAUAUAAAAGAUAAUAUGGCAACAAUAUUAUUUGCAUGCUAAUAUAUAGCAUACGACAAUAUAUACAUACAUUAUAUUAUAUAUAUAUUAAAUUUGCAUGUGAUCAAAGAAUAUUGGUAAUAUAUUAAUAGUUUUAAUUUUAAGUAUUGUUAAGCAUAGCAGUAAUGGCUUGUAAUUUCUAAAAGUGUUUAAUGAAUUAUUCUUUAAAUUAAUAAUAUUGUAAAUAUUCGUUGUGACAAAAUACUAUGUCCAUAUAUUAUACCUAUUAAUGAUUAACAUAACUAUUAAAUAUAA